AUGACUCGACCGGAAGAUACGAUCCGAGGCCCACGCGCCUACCGGGCGGAUGCCGAUGAAGAUGACAAUGAGAAAAAGCCCACUGACUCCCUUGUGCCGCCUCCGCUAUCGUACAACGACGGCUCCGCGCGCGCCGAUGACGAGGAUGCCCGACCGAACACAGCUAUGGGCGACGGCUCAAGUGGGAGUGGCAGACAAGGUUCCGGCCAAAAGCUGCUCACACCAGAAGAGACCAUCGAACUCGCCCGACAUGCCGUGGAAAGCGGAAUUCAGGAUACCAAGCGCUCUUUGGCAGGAAGUGAGGCUGUUACAGAUGUGGUCAAGCCGAAAUUGACCAUUGACCUCGGACACUCGCGUAUUGUGCGAAUACCCGAGGCUGUUGUUGAUAUCAUCAAGGAUGAUGUAGAAAGACUCUCUCUUUCUAACAAUCACCUCUUUCACAUCCCAUACCGCUUCGCAGAAUGCUCUCAUCUCCGAUACCUCAACAUCAGAGCUAACAACUUCAGAGAAUUCCCGAAAGGGGUUUAUAAAUUGCCUCUGCUGGAGAUUCUUGAUCUCAGCAGAAAUAAAAUCAAUGCCUUGCCAGACGAGAUCAGCAAGCUGAAGUCGUUGCGAGUCCUUUCGGUCAUGCAGAACCGACUCGAUGACCUGCCUGUGAGCCUUUCUGAUAUGAACAAGCUUCAGAUUCUCAAGAUAGCGGGAAACCCUGUGCGCUAUCCAUUGCGCCGAGUGCUCGAGGGCUCUGAGACCGAUAUAGCGACUUCGGGGAUGACUGACAACGAAAAAGAAGUCGCAGUCACCGCAGAGCUAAAAGAGUUCGGUUUCGAAUCAAGUGAGGGAUCCUUCGAAACCCCGAAGCCCGCUCCCGUGAAGCGAAAGCUGAGCAGCCGCUUCCCUGUCAUACCCAGUAUGGGCGAUGGGUCGUCGGCACCUUCUUCUCGAUCCCCGUCGAUCUCACGCCCUCCUCCAAUUUCUACCAAGUCUCACUACCGCAUGGCGUCUGGCCAGCCAUACAUUGACAAAAGCGGCAAUUAUCAUAUGGCUGGUCUCCCCCGGCCAGGACUGAAUCCCCACACAGUCAAUGAACGUAAUCGAAGCAACAGCGAGGGCAUCAUCCAAGCUUCGUACGCAGCUCGGAGCAAACGAAUGGGUGUAAUAACUCGCAAGAACACCGAUUUGGGCACCCUGGAUGAGACACGACCCUACCGCAACAGCCAUCUGCGAGGUCUGAGUCACGGAUCAGUCCUUAGGGCUCGUCCGACAGCCCCGACUCCCGUUAGUGGAAGCAGCUCUUCAAGUCCGAGCAGUCCGAGAGAACGUCGUCGUUUGCGAGAUGGCUGGGUCAAUCGUAUGUCUAGUCUUCCUGAGCAUAAAGGGGAACGAGGAUCAGAUGAGCCGAUCAUUGAGAGUGCCAAAGGCAUCCUCUUUGCGCUUUUCCAAAUUCACUCUCACAUCUCCACUUUGAUUAAUGUCAUCCGGCAAGAUGAUACGCGACGUCACAGCUUGGAACUUGUGUUUUAUAAUGCUUCAACACAUGUUGACCGACUGAACGAGGCUCUUGAGAACGCGGAAACGACUAUCCAUGAUGACCCUGACUCGACCCGACUUGUCAACGAAGCUGUUAAACGAGAGUGUGAAACGUGCAUUGUGGCCUAUACACAUGUCGGUACACAGUUACGUAAUAGCGCUGCAAAGAUCGUCUCUAAUGGCGAUUCACGAUAUGUCCGAUCAUUGAUGUUAAUGAUGUACGGAAGCUUGGUUGAGUUGCGUAAUGCUUGUGCCAGCCUAAGUGUUCCACUUCGACCAUCCCAGAAGCGACUCUCCGCACCUAAACCAUCCAUGCCGGAACCUAUCAAAGGCCCUCCUCCACCUACGGAACGGAUUCCGCGGCCUCUGGUCACUCCAACCAGGGAGUCGUCUGCACCACCCCGGCGCUUGCGAAGCGAUACGACAAUUCGCCAUCCCCAACUUCCUCUUGGCCCUCCUCUGCCUCUGAAUUCAUCAGGGCAAACAUCGAUUGGAUCACCUGGAUUUGCCACUCCGCCUUUCUCUAUUCCCUAUGCGUCACGAAGCCGGUCCAGCAGCCGGUCCAACUUGGUCAACACUUCGGUUCCAUCUUCGUUGGCGACACCUCGUUCUGGGGAGGCAUUCCCACCCAUCCCAGUUACGAGUGCGCCUCGAAUCAACCCUCUCACUGGACUAGACGAGUUUGAAGAAGAGCGCAUAUUCGAAAAGAUUUUCCAUCAGCUUACCUCAGCCUAUUCAAGCGCCCUGCAAGCGCUUCCACUGGCGCGGCGUCAAUUCUCCCGGUGCCUCGAAAUUGCAGAGCAAUCACGGGAAUCUGAUGGGAUCCAGAUGCUAUGGAACAAUCUCAUUCGUCGCUGCAGAUUCUGCCUCGAGGUCUCGGAGGGUUUGGGAAUGCGUCUCUCCAGCAUGAAGGUGAAGGAACCAGGUGGUGGACUACGAAACCAACGAGAAUUCUGGCAACUCUGCAAGACAUUCAUGCAGUCCUUCGUGGACCUAGUAACCGACAUGCGAGAGGUCCGCAGCAUGCAACUCCUCCCUUCAGACAUUAUCAUUAUCCUGCGACCGGUGCAAAAAGCCAGUCGCGAAGCGGGUCGCCUCAUCGAGGCUUCGCCUUGGUCUUACCUCGCCGACAUGGCCCCGACAAAUGCCCAUGGGAACAUCUACGGACCUCCGCUGCAAACCUCACAAUCACAGCACCAGGCUUCCGUCUCGACAUCUGCCCUGGCUCCGCACCCCAAUAUCUACCAGAUCAACGCUGGCAUGUCCCCCCAAUCGAUCACCGUCCCUGCAACACCGCUGAGCGCGGCACUAGGGCCUGCUGCACAAGCUACUGUGCCUUCUACACCGGCGAGUGCAUACAGCGACAAGUUCUUCGAGGGCGACGUCUUCCAGCGCGCCGAUUCCCUCCUCUCUAUGGGAACGCAGACGCCAUUCUUCUCGCGUCGGUGA